UCUCCAAGCUGUCGGCACGCAAGCCUCUCUGUGAUAUAUGAACUAUGCGGGCUAUCUGCGACCAAACAUUUUGACAGUUUAAAACAUGUGUGAAUUGUAACAGUUCUUGUUAAGUGAAAUUAGCGAAUACGCAACUACCGUGCAGUGAACUGGAAUUUAGUAUCUGAUUACAAGAAGUGCCUUGAUUGUGGACGAAAUUGAGGACAAACAGAUUGCUGAAGACAGGAUGGCUGCCUCGCACAUCCUGAGCGCGGUGGAGCCGACUGUGGGCGGUAACGGCUCUCGGGGCGGCCGCGAGAGGGAAGUAUCCGUCGCGUUGGACGACCGCGAGCUGUGGGUGCGCUUCCAGACGCUCACCAACGAGAUGAUCGUCACUAAGAAUGGAAGACGCAUGUUUCCUGUGGUCAAAGUUACGGCAAGCGGAUUGGACCCCACAGCUAUGUACACAGUUCUACUGGAGUUUGUUCAAGUAGACUCACAUCGAUGGAAAUACGUCAAUGGUGAAUGGGUUCCCGGUGGAAAAGCAGAAGUACCUCCAUCAAAUGCAAUAUAUAUCCACCCAGAAAGUCCUAAUUUUGGAGCCCAUUGGAUGAAAGAACCUAUAUCGUUCGCUAAAGUAAAACUUACGAAUAAAACCAAUGGAAACGGCCAGAUUAUGUUGAACUCAUUGCAUAAAUACGAGCCUCGAGUACAUCUAGUGAAAGUUGGCACUGACUUGCGUCGCAUCAUGACGUAUCCAUUCCCGGAGACGCAAUUCAUAGCAGUGACCGCUUACCAGAACGAAGAAGUGACGUCACUCAAGAUUAAAUAUAAUCCUUUCGCCAAAGCGUUCUUGGACGCGAAAGAAAGGCCAGAGGGAUAUUAUCAAAGAGAUUUCGUAGGAACACAUUACCCGCAACAAAGUUCGUCGCCUCAUCAAUACCCACAAUUUGGUGGCUGGUUCGUAGCGUCGCAGUCUUUGUAUGGCAGUAGUAACGCAGCUUCGAGGCGGCCCGCCCCGUACCCGCCACGGCCGCCCUCACGACCUAGAACAUUAUCCCCUCCUUCGUCUUAUAGCAACUCAGAUCGUACUUCAUCUGCGGCUCCGAAUAGCAGUAGUUACACGUGGGCUGGUAGCAGUGGCUACUGGAGCUCGGCGCAAGGAGGCAGUUCUCCUCAGCCUAAUUCGUCGCCGGGGCCGUACCGCACGCCUCCACACGCGUACCCAGCACCUCUAGAGUACGCCCCUGCGCCUCCUACUAGCACAUCGGCGCCGGCCUCAGCGCCAGCGCCGCUGUACCCGUUACAGUACGAAACUCCUGCCCAGCACCACUCGCCAUACUACCAACACGCGUAUGCGCCUUACGCCCAUCACGCUAUUGAAGAUAUUUCUUAUUGGCCGAAUAGCCUGAACAGUUACGGGUACCAACCAACGGAGUAUGUGGGAACUGGUGAAGUCCCUUACGGCGCGGAAGGCAUGCCAUUUGGUCCUACCGGUCCCACGCUCGAGUCCGCCGCAGGUGAGGGAAGAACCACCCCUGCUGGCUCCGAGCACGCUUCUACAGAAAGAGAAUACAAGUUUAACACGGAAGAGGAACGCCAAUCGCCUUGCGACGACGCUAAUUUACCGCCACGGUCUCCUACACAGUGAAAACGAAUAUUGUGAAACGACGGACAAAGAUAUAAUUAAAUACAAAUAAAUGUUUUUGAAUAAAGUGAAAUGUGCGCACAGUGCACGCCCAUUGCAUUACGAGACUGUGACAAAAUAAAUACCUAUAAUAAAUAGAUAAAAUAUUAUGUUAUGCCUUUAUUAAAAAAUAAAAUAUGACAGAAUUAUUGUAAAAUAUGUUUAUCUGUUUUUCUUUCUUUACGUUGAAUGCGAUAAGUUGAGUUUGGCGAUUUUUACAAAAGUGUGUGUGAGUAGGCCACACUUAACAUUUAGAGUUAAUGUUUAAAAAUUUUGAUCGUCAAUUAUAUUUUCAUUAUGUUUGGUAACUCGUCGUGCAUUAUCAUGUCCCAGUCAUAUAACUUAUAAAGAUUUUUUUCGGUAAACAUAUUAAAAUUCCCCCAAUAUUCAACUUUUAACGGCUGAAACAGAUGAAGUAGUGAUCGGUAGUCAAAAAUAAUUUUAUAUUUCCUAUUUUUUUCUUAUACCUAUAUGCACUUGUAUAUUUGAUUUGUAUAGAUUGUGUGACAAUUGGGCCGUUGUAAAUAUAAGUACAUAUUAUAUACGGGGCAUGAAUUGAAUGAAUAUUUCGUAUUAAAAAAUCUACGCGUCGCUUCGUAGUGAAGAAGCGAACACGCCACGGCUACGGCGUAGACGUUCUACGCCACUCGAAUAUAGAUACUUACUUUCUUAAUAGAAAUAAAUGUAAUGCUGUAUCUUUUUGCAUAAUGUUUUAUAUAGAUUUUUAUUGAUAUUAUCAAAAUAUCACUGUAAAUAGACAAUCUCAUAUGUAAUGAUUGCAGACAUUCACUAUAUUCUAGACCUUAUUAGAUAU